AUGUCGCCGUCGUACCUUUUCUAUUCUCAUUCCCCACUUGUAUAAUUAAAAUAAACAAUUGUUGACAAAAUGGAAAACAACAACGAUUUAAUUAAACCAAAAACACACACAAGCAAAACCUUUCACUUUCCCUUCUAUAAAACCUCCCUUACUUUUAACCUCCACAACCCACACACUCUUCUUCUUGAAAUUCUUUCUCCUACAAUGGGUACUCUGAGAUCUCCCUCUUCUUCUUCUGCGCUGAAAUGGCUUGGAUUCGUGACGGCGGUUUGGGUUCAAUCCAUCUCCGGCAACAACUACACUUUCUCCAACUACUCUGGCGCCCUCAAGUCACUCAUGAAUCUCAACCAGCUCCAGCUCAACAACCUCUCCGUCGCUAAAGACGUUGGAAAAGCCUUUGGAAUCCUCGCUGGCCUCGCUUCGGACCGUCUUUCGACUCCCGUCAUCCUCCUUAUCGGUUCUUUAGAAGGUCUUCUUGGCUAUGGUGUACAAUGGCUCGUCGUUAGCCGCACCAUUACCCCUCUCCCUUAUUGGCAGAUGUGUAUAUUCCUAUGUAUGGGAGGAAACAGCACGACGUGGAUGAACACGGCGGUUCUUGUUACUUGCAUACGAAACUUCCGGCGAAACCGUGGUCCUGUCUCCGGGAUCUUGAAAGGAUACGUCGGUCUAAGCACUGCUAUCUUCACCGACGUCUGCACUGCUCUCUUCUCAAACGACCCGGCGUCGUUUCUUGUUUUACUCGCGGUCGUGCCUUUCGCAGUCUGUCUCACGGCGGUUUUCUUCCUCCGUGAGAUCCCUCCAGCUUCUUCCGCCGACGAGGAGAGCGAAGAGACUCGCUACUUCGCCGUGUUCAACAUCGUAGCCGUCGUCGUCGCUGUGUACCUUCAGUCUUACGACAUCAUCGGGAUCAAAACCGGAGUGUUCUCUGUCGUUUUCGCCUCCAUACUUCUCUUCCUCUUGUUCUCACCAAUCGCUAUACCUUUCCACUCGUUCAUACGAAGCUUGAACCGUGGUGAAGGAGACGUGGAAGGACAGGUUCAAGAACCGUUGCUUAGAGCGGUGGAGAAGGAAGAAGUAGUUGUGGCUAAUGUGGUGGUGGAAGAGGAGGAGGAUGUUGGGGGGGAGAGGAAGAGGCCGGUGUUGGGAGAAGACCACACGAUAAUGGAAGCGAUGUUGACCGUUGACUUUUGGGUGCUAUUCGUCUCGUUCUUGUGUGGUGUAGGAACUGGUUUGGCUGUGAUGAACAACAUGGGCCAGAUUGGGCUUGCACUUGGUUACACAGACGUUUCGAUCUUCGUCUCAAUGACUAGUAUUUGGGGUUUCUUCGGUCGUAUUCUCUCCGGCACUCUCUCCGAACAUUUUCUCAAGAAAGCUGGAACACCAAGACCACUAUGGAACGCUGCAUCUCAAAUCCUCAUGGCUGUAGGGUAUCUACUAAUGGCAUUAGCUGUGCCCAAUUCACUUUACAUCGGUUCAAUGGUGGUCGGAGUUUGUUAUGGUGUCCGUCUAGCCAUUACCGUACCCACAGCAUCAGAACUCUUUGGUCUUAAAUACUAUGGUCUCAUCUACAACAUCUUAGUACUUAACUUACCACUGGGCUCGUUCCUCUUCUCUGGUCUCCUCGCUGGGUUCCUCUACGAUGCAGAGGCUACACCAACUCCUGGUGGGGGCAACACUUGCGUCGGAGCUCAUUGUUACCGUCUCAUCUUUUUGGUGAUGGCUGUAGCUUCUAUUAUUGGAGUCGGUUUAGAUAUUCUGUUGGCUUAUAGGACAAAGGAGAUUUAUGCUAAUAUUCAUGCUAGCAAAAAGGCCAAGAAAUCUGGUAGUAACCUUAGUUAAGAAUUGUUCUGGUCACAUUGCAUUAGAUUGUUCAUCACGAUUUUUUUGGUUUUGAGAUAUUGAUGUUUUUUGCAUGAAAGAAUAUUGGUUUCAUGAUACAGUGUUGUACUUGUAGUCAGAGUCUCCAAUGUAAACUUUUCAAGAUUUUGUUCAUUUAUUUUGUUUUAUAAUCGAUGAGAUUUUAC